AUGACAUCCAUGGAGAACAGAUCUGAGGUGAAUGAGUUCAUCCUCACAGGAUUAACAGAUGCCCCAGAGCUUCAGGUCCCUCUCUUCAUAAUGUUCACCCUCGUCUACCUCAUCACCCUGGUAGGGAACCUGGGGAUAGUAGCUCUGAUCUCCAGCGAAUCCUGCCUCCACACCCCCAUGUACUUUUUUCUUAGUAACCUCUCCCUGGUAGAUUUUGGCUACUCUACAUCUGUUACCCCCAAGGUGAUGGCUGGGCUCCUCACAGGGAACAAGAUCAUCUCCUACAAUGGAUGUGCCACACAGUUAUUCUUCUUUGGGGCCUUUGCUGGUGCUGAAAAUUUCCUCUUAGCCUCCAUGGCCUAUGAUCGCCAUGCAGCUAUCUGUAAGCCCCUGUAUUACACCACUACCAUGACUUCAAGAGUGUGUACAUUUCUAGCCAGUGGUGCUCACAUUAGUGGCUUUCUGAUCUCCUCCAUAAUCAUAGGAAAUACAUUUAGCCUUUCCUUCUGUAAGUCCAAUGUGAUCCAUCACUUUUUCUGUGAGGUUCCCUCUCUCUUAGUUCUCUCCUGCUCGGAUAUUCACAUCAGUGAGUCAGUAUUAUUUAUCUUUGCAUCAUUCACUGUCUUUUUCCCAUUUCUUGUCAUCUUUGCUUCUUACUUUUUAAUCUUCAUCACCAUUCUGAAGAUCUGUUCUGCUGAAGGCCGCAAGAAAGCCUUCUCCACUUGUGCUUCCCAUCUCACAGUAGUGUCCAUAUUUUAUGGGACAAUCAUCUUCAUGUACUUCCAACCCAGCUCAAGCCAUUCCAUGGACACAGACAAAAUAGUGUCAGUGUUCUACACCAUGGUCAUCCCCAUGUUGAACCCUCUGGUCUAUAGUCUUAGGAACAAAGAUGUCAAGAAUGCUUUCAGAAAAGCUAUGAGGGGACAAUGA